UGGAGUUUCUCAGCAGAACAUUGAUUGAAAUGACCUGUGUAGAGUUCACACCUCUGUGGUGUUCAAAUGCCGAGCAAAACACAGGGCAUGAUGACUCUUCCACGCAUGCGCAGAAGGACACUUCCGGCCUUACGGACGUUACCGCGCGCUUUUUAUUUUUACUUGUCUGGAGUCAUCCGACAUUACGCUUAAAGGAAAGGAGAAAACACACAUAAUAUUAACUUACCGCUUAAAAGAAGCUUUUCAAUCUCCAUCCAGUUUAUAGUGCUUCUUAGUCCUCUGGUGGUAGAUCGCUAGUUUUUGUCCCAAAUUCCAUCAGUAAGUUAGGAGUUGUAGACUGUUCAUUCUAACGGACAUCAUUAGCGAGGGAUCUGUUUCGGUUCACUAGCUAGUUGGCAAUUUCAGUAGGCAGUGAAAUAACUAACACUUUGGUGGUAGCUAGCAAGUUAGCGAAUGUAGCUGUGUACAGAUUCAUUUGAAGAUGAUGCACUACUAAAAGGAAACAAGUCUGGUUGUGGUAAUGCUAGCUAAUAAGCUACACAUUAGCUGUUAGGGUGAUUUUUCUUAAAUGUACAGAGCCAAAGCAACACAAGUAGGGGAGAGUCAACUGGAAGAACUUGUUGAAAAACUGGAUGCCCAGACCAUGGAUGUAAUUUCACACAGGAGCUCUACUGUUCUUCAUGGUCUUCCCUUGUACAUGAGAGAGACAGCUUCAAUUUCAAACACCAUUCUGGACACUGAUGCAUUGGGGCCGUGCACAAAGGGCAUGAAAAUGGGAAUCCUUGAAGUGGGAAAUGACUGCACUGCUCACUCAGGAUCAAAUUCCACGGUGGUCAAUGUGGCAAUCGUAUUGGAAGAGGAAGUAGUUAUGGACAAUCUGGGAGACUCCAUAAAAGCCUUCAUUCUCCUCUUUGGUCUGCUUUACGCUCUUAACAUAGAGUAUCCCAAGGACUUAAGGUACACCUUUGAAGCCGUCCAGAAAAUCUUUGUGAACCUUGGAAGUGAGUGCACUGCAAGAGUGCAGUCUCUAAAGAACAAAUUAUUGCAGCUGCAAUUUAAACGUUUUCAUGGCAGUGAUUAUUUUUGGCAAUACUGCAGCUGGAAACAGAUGUCUGACAAUUAUUUGAAUUUUUUGGCAGAGUUGCUGAACAGCAUGGUUGAACUUUCACACCAGAUGUUUGACAGACUUGAAUUUUUCUUAGAAUUGUUGAAUUUGGUUUUACAUGGUUGACCUUUUGCACAAGAUGUUUCAGAAAUCUGUUCAUUUAAAUGAACAGAAAUCAUUUAAUUAAUCCUUUAUUUUAAUGUCUUUUAAACGGUACUGUAAGGAACCAUAUUUCUUUUGAUCUAAAGCAAAGGCAUUUGAUGGAGAAGAAGACCUUUAGAUGGAGAAGUGAAAUUAGUAAGCUUUGUAAAUCAGAGUUCUCAUGCACUUUUCUGCAGUUCAAACCAGUUUGCUCUAGGUGAUAUUAUUGCGUAGUCUGGUACUAAAAUGCAGUAAUGAUAUAUUUCAUUUACAUAUGUAUUACUUUAACAUGCACAGUGUGCACAUAUUCUGUUUUAAAUUGUUCUUUUGUACACAGAACUUCCAGUUCAAAUCAGGAUGCAGUAAAAUAAAUGUAUGUAAAAUAUACAUACAGAAUUUUCUAAUUGCACUUGAGCUUUUACAGUGUAUUGUAUCUCUUGUAUUGUGUUUUGCACAGUUCUGUUGUAUGCAGUACUUUUGUGCAGUUCUACACUGUAUGCUCUUACAGAUCUUAUUAAAAAUCAAGAAAUGAAGUCUUCAUGUUCUGCCUCCUAUAUGGACUCAGAGCCAUUUACUGUUCAUUGUGUAAAAUGUUAAAAGAAAGCAGAUUAUUUAUGGGUCAUUAGUGAUGUAUGACCUACAACC